AUGAAGCCCACAAAGUCCCAAUUCCCCCCCGACGGCAAAACCCUAGUCUACUCCACCGUCGCCGGCCACCCCAUCCACAUGGACUACUACCUCCCGCCUCGCACCGCCACGACAACAGAUUCCCUCCCCGCACUAAUCUACUACCACGGCGGCGGGAUGACCACCGGCUCAAGACGCGAAGCCCCCUGGCCAACCUGGAUGUACACCCACUGCCAGGAAAAAGGCUACAUCUUCAUCAGCGCCGACUACCGCCUCUGCCACCCAGCCAACGUCCUCGACCAGAUCGCCGACGCAAAGGCCCUCUUCGCGUUCCUGGAUAGCCCUGCCUUCGCAGAUCACCUACCACCCACCGUCUCACUGGACACGGCCCGCAUCGCCGUAACCGGCUUCUCGGCCGGCGCGUACUCCGCCCGCGCGGCGUGUCUUUAUGCGCGUCCUAAACCUGCUGCGCUUUUAUCUGUUUAUGGCCUCGGCGGGGAUGUACUAGCUGAUCACUGGACGCGCGCACGCCCGCUGACUUCGAUCGCGAAGCGCUUUGACUUGAGUGGUGUGCCUGCUAUCCUGGAUGAUAAGACGGUCGUCAGCGAGAGUAGCUUUGAGGAAGGCCGCUUUGCGCUGACGGUCCACUGGGAGGUUAGCGGGACGUUUCUGGACGGGAUCUUCCAGGCUCCUGGGCUUGGUGCGAAGCUGGAUGCGCUGCCGUAUGAGAAGAGGUUUGAUGCUAUCCCUGAUCACUUGAAGCCCGGCGUGCUGCAGGCGUUCGUGACGCGGGAUUAUCCGCCCUCGGUGUUUGUGCAUGGGGCUGCGGAUGAGGUUGUUAGUCCGCAGGAGAGUCGGUAUCAGCAUGAGCAGUUGAGGAACUUGGGUGUGGAGUCAAGGUUGCUUGUUAUUAAGGGCGGGCCGCAUGGGCUGGAGUUUUUUGAGCGGAGUGAGGACUCACGGGUUGUGAGGGAUUCGAUGAAGGUGUAUGGAGAGGCUUUGGCGUUUAUUGAUGGGAUAUUUAAGAGGACUUAA